GUGAUAAUGGCGAUUAUAAAAAUUCAGGAUUAUGCUUACGAACUGUUAAUAUUACUAUUGAUGGCAUUCACUGUGUUGUACGUGUGGUUCCAAUAUAAAUUUACGUAUUGGAGCAGUAAAGGAGUGUUCAGUCCUACCCCGGUAUUCCUUUUCGGAAAUAUACAGGAUGUUAUAAAAAGGAAGACGCAGUUCUUCCAGCCGUACUGCGAUAAUUAUUUCAAAUAUAAACAUUUGCCAUACAUAGGGAUGUAUUGUUUUAAUAAGCCCGUACUGAGUAUACACGACGCCGAGUUGGCUAAGCACAUACUGAUAAAGGAUUUCGAACAUUUCCAAUCACAUGGAAUAUUUUCUGGUGGUGUCGGGGAUCCUUUGGCUGGACAUCUUUUCAAUUUACACGGAUCAGCGUGGAAGCUUCUGAGGAACAAAAUAACAUCUGCAUUCUCGUCAUGUAAAUUGAAAUGUAUGUAUCCGCUGGUGGAGAAAAUAUCUAAGGAGGCGCUCGGGUACGGCGACCUGCUGCACGCGAGGAGCGAAUCCAUAAAUUUCUCGGAAUUUUACGAAAAGUACACUAUGGAAAUUAUCGGUAAUGUCGGCUUCGGGGUGGAGUGUAACGGUUUUAAAAAUUCAAAUUCAGAAUUUUAUUUGCGCGGACACGAGUAUUUCAAUCCUAAUUCGAUGUAUUGGACACUAAUAAGGGCUUUGGCGUUCUUCAUGCCAAACUUCUUUGAUAAGCUGAAGAUAAGACGAAUCAACCCGGACAUUAUAAACUUUUUCGAUAAUUUAGUCAGAGAGACCGUCGAGUAUAGACGCAAACAUAGCUACAAACGGAACGACUUUCUCCAGACUCUGAUAGAUUUAAAUAACGAUUCCAGUAAAUGUGAAGAACGCGAAUCCCAAAAGGGAGUUUUCACAUUAACAGACGUCACAUCAAACACUAUGUUGUAUAUGUUUGCGGGUUACGAGACCUCGGCCACAACUGGGCAGUUUGCGGCGUACGAACUGGCAAAAAACCCCCACAUUCAGACUAAGGCUAGGGAAGAAAUAAGAAGGGUCCUCGCCAAAUAUGACGGCGAAUGCAGUUACGAGGCUCAGGGUGAAAUGACUUAUAUGAAUAUGAUUUUAGAUGAGACGAUGCGAAUGUACCCGCCACUUCGAUCGCUUUACCGUGGCUGUACUAAGGAAUAUAGAAUACCCGACAGUGACGUCACAAUCGAGGAAGGCACCCUAGUGCUUAUACCGAUACAUGCAAUCCAGAUGGAUCCAGAAAUAUUCCAAGAUCCGGAGACCUUCGAUCCGGAAAGAUUCUCCCCCGACAGAAAGAAACUUAUCCAUCCCUGUCAUUGGAUGCCGUUUGGCGAAGGUCCCCGGAAAUGUCUAGGUCUCCGUCAAGGAUACAUUCAGUCGAAACUGGCUCUAGUCAAGUUAUUACACAAGUAUGAACUCUUGUUGGAUGACCGCACUGCCGUUCCUAUGAAGAUUAAGGCCACAUCACUAGCUUGCGCCGCUGACGGCGGUGUGUGGAUACGGCUUAAGAAAUUAACGGACGCUGUAAACUAGCCUUAAGAUUACAGUUUAGUAUGAUAGAAAGUCAGUGAUAUUAGUGGUUUUUAUACAAAUUAUAUGAUAUAAGAACUAUUUUAACUUAAGAUAAUGUUGUUCUGGGCUAGUUGGAAUUUAUAUAAGGCCGAUUACAGACUGCUUCGAUUUGUAUUCGUUCUGAAAUGUCCAUAAUGUUUAUAAAUAGUGGAAUGUUUAUGAAUAAUGUUUGGAAAAUAAGUAAUUUAUAAAUGAAUAUAUCAGAUAAGUACGGACAGACUAUUAAAACAUUGGUCAUUUGUAUAUAUGUAUAUUGAACUUGUUGUGAAAUACAAUUAACAACUACAAUAUUCAUGGCUAUAUUGUUUAUGUUGCAACAUUAUACUUGAAUAUAAGAAUAAAAGGAGAAUUUUCUUUGGGGCUCGCAAAUAGCAUUCGUUAUUAUGAAGGUUAAUAAAUUAAUUAUCAUUUUAAUGAACGAUGUCAAAGUCAGUCAGUCAUAAGUUGUUAUUUAGUAGUGUUAUAAAAACCUAAGUGUAAAUAAAUAUUUCUAUUUUUAAUUUCUUUUGUUUAUUAAUAUUUUUUUUAAUUUUAUACUGUGAAGUUCAUAGAUAAAAAAGAAAAAUAAAUAGUGCACCAAUUCGAAAAUGUUCUAUUAUAUACAGCCUACACAUAAAAGGAAUUCUACUCCUUCAAGUAAACGAAGUUUUGUUAUUUAAGCAAACAUUUGUAUUGUAUUUGCUUUGUUUAUUAUUUUUUUGUCUGAUUAUUAUUAUCAUAAAUUAAUAAAAUAUCAAUAAUAAGUCAAAGUGAACGCUUUUGGAAUUUUACGACCUCGGUAUAUUAAAGAUUUGGCAAGGCUUGGAUGCCUUUCACGCUGAUCGUAUUUGUUGGGAAUUGGACUGAUUAUUUAUUGUCUGCAGUAAGUCCAGUGACCUUGAACGUGAUGAUAUAUUUAAGCCAAUAAAGCAAAUUCCCUGAUAUGUUUCUAACGAACAUUAUUA